UACGAGAACCCAAUUUAAAAAUUAAAAACCCUAACUCUUAAAUUCGUCAUCGAUCCACAGUGGUCCCAGAGAGAAAGGGAGCUGUAGUGAGAGGAACAAUGGUGUCGGGCUCGGGAAUCUGCGCGAAGAGAGUGGUGGUGGAUGCGAGGCACCACAUGCUGGGCCGCCUUGCCUCCAUCUUAGCCAAGGAGCUCUUGAAUGGCCAGAAAGUGGUGGUGGUCAGAUGCGAGGAAAUCUGCUUGUCAGGUGGCCUCGUUCGCCAGAAGAUGAAGUACUUGCGGUUUCUUCGUAAGCGCAUGAACACCAAGCCGUCCCAUGGUCCCAUCCAUUUCCGUGCUCCAUCCAAGAUCCUCUGGCGCACCAUCCGUGGGAUGAUCCCCCACAAGACUAAGCGUGGAGCAGCCGCGCUCGCUCGGUUGAAGGUUUAUGAGGGUAUCCCACCUCCAUAUGACAAGACAAAGAGGAUGGUUAUUCCUGAUGCUCUCAAGGUUUUGCGGCUUCAAGCUGGACACAAGUACUGUUUGUUGGGUAGACUCUCAUCAGAGGUUGGAUGGAACCAUUAUGAUACUAUAAGGGAACUUGAGAAGAAGAGGAAAGAGAGAGCUCAGGCAGCAUACGAGAGAAAGAAGCAGUUGACAAAACUGAGAGUUAAAGCCGAGAAAGUUGCUGAGGAGAAGCUUGGCGCCCAACUUGACAUCAUUGCUCCAAUCAAGUAUUGAAAUAUUGACAUUUAUUUGGUGUAUCAGAUUUUUUUUUUUUUUUUUUUUUUUUUUUAAAUUUUUUUUAA